AUGCUCCGGGAUGGUGCGGUGGAUGAACGUUCAAUAAUCAUCUACCUAUCCUCUAUCUACGAUACACUGGCACUGGGGCCGCGGGACCUCGUGACUGGAGAACGCCUGAAACACCCAAUCCCUCCCCUACCAAAGUCCGCUGCUGAUGCUGCGGACUUUGCCACCAAACUCUCCCUUCCUGCCUUAAAUGGCGAUCGGGCCCUCGGCGAAGAAUUGCAUACUGUCUGGAAAGAGUACCGAACUCUGGCUAUAGAACUCAUAGAAUGGUUGCGUGCAACUUGUGAUCGACUGGCGAAUCGCCACUUUCCCGCCGAUCUAGAGGGUAUGCAACAACUUGUGCUGGCAGAACUGAGACGUCAUCGACGUGAGGAAUUGCCCAUUAAAGAACGACAACGGCAACAACUCGUUCGCCUCUACGCUGACCUGCAGGUUUGUAGUUUCACACUAUACUUUUUGCUCGUUUUGGUGUCUCCGGCUAUCCUGCCUUCAUGGCACUGGUUUGGCUUAACUUUUACGGGGAAUUCAUUCCGUGAGUAG